AUGGGCGAGUCACUGGCCUGGCGAGUGAAGACGUACUUGCAAUGGACGGGCUGGCUCCAGUAUAUACCGAAUCUGGUGGUAGCAGCGACCGUGCUGACGAUCGCUUUGCUCCUCCAAUGGCUCGGGAGCUCCCAGCUCCUUUAUGCCUUCGGCAUCUUCCUGUUGGGCGUGCUUGUCUUUGACUUGGUCACGGUCAAACUGGGCUUACAUCCCUCAGAGAAGAUUCCAAAUCGACCCUUGGCGGCAAUGGGUUUAGGGUUCAGGGUUCAGGGUAUAGGGUUUAGGGUUCAGGGUUUGGGUUUAGGGGUGCUGAAUUGCGCCCGCAAACCUUACCUAAAACCCUGA